GCACGCGCCAGAGAGAGCCAGAGUGCGCGCGCGUUGGAACCCCGAUCUCUUGAGAGCGCGCGCCAGCCUGAUCCCGGGAGCUGCUGCUGCUGCAGAGCGGAGCGGGAUGUCAGGAUUCCGGGCAUCAGCUCUCAUCUACCUUCCAUGCUGUUGAUCAUGAAGUUUUUUGACACAUCUGUGGUUCAUACCCAGAGAAACCUUGCCUUGAAAUGCUGAAAAUUGUCUGCAGAGGAGCUGAAGUUAGUUAAGUACUGGAACAACUGCUGAUUUAUUUGCAUCUUUCAACAUGACCAAUCCCCAGCCUUCAAUAGAAGGUGGAAUUUCAGAAGUUGAGAUUAUUUCACAACAAGUAGAAGAGGAGACCAAAAGCUUAGCUCCUGUACAACUUGUUAACUUCACUUAUCGAGAUUUACCCCUUGCUGCGCUUGAUCUCUCUGUGGCAGGGUCCCAGCUCUUGUCAAAUUUGGAUGAGGAGUACCAAAGAGAAGGAUCUAACUGGCUAAAGCCGUGCUGUGGGAGACGAGCAGCUGUGUGGCAGGUAUUUUUGCUCAGUGCAAGUCUCAACAGUUUCCUGGUAGCCUGUGUAGUGUUGGUGGUGAUUCUCCUGACUCUGGAACUCCUAAUAGAUAUAAAGCUUCUCCAGUUUUCAAGUGCAUCACAGUUUGCAGGAAUUAUUCACUGGAUCAGCCUAGUCAUCUUGUCUGUGUUCUUUUCAGAGACUAUUUUGAGAAUUGUGGUUCUCGGUAUAUGGGAUUAUAUUGAAAACAAAAUAGAGGUAUUUGAUGGUGCUGUAAUAAUUUUAUCCUUGGCUCCAAUGGUGGCCUCUACAGUGGCAAAUGGCCCGAGCAGUCCUUGGGAUGCCAUCAGUCUCAUUAUCACUCUGAGAAUUUGGAGAGUUAAGAGAAUUAUUGACGCAUAUGUGCUGCCAGUGAAAGUAGAGAUGGAGAUGGUGAUUCAUCAAUAUGAGAAGGCAAAGGUCAUUCAAGAUGAGCAGCUAGAAAGACUAACCCAGAUCUGCCAAGAACAAGGGUUUGAAAUUAGGCAGUUGAGAGCCCACCUAGCUCAGCAAGAUCUGGACCUAGCUGCUGAGAGGGAGGCUGCACUGCAAGUACCCCACAUGCUGAGCAAACAGAGCAGCAAUAGAUAUAAGGUAGUGGCAACUGGAGACUCAGAUGAUGAGGCCACUGAGAAUAUCACCGAGUUACGACCACCACGAGAGGCCAUGGUCAAGGAUGAUAUGAACAACUACAUCAGUCAAUAUUACAAUGAGCCCAGCAGUGACAGUGGAGUUCCUGAAGCUGGUAUUUGUGUCAUUACCACAACAGCCAUUGACGUGCACCACCCCAACAUAUCUUCUGACCUGUUCACAGUGGAAGUGCCCAUAAAGAUAGGAAGUAAUGGAACUUCUGUUAGUGUCACAUCAGGCAGUGCCUCCAGAUCUACAGACAGCUCUGUAACCAGAGCCCAGAGUGACAGCAGCCAAACCUUUGGCUCUUCCACAGACUGCAGUACCACCCGGGAGGAACCCUCUGAAUACUGCCCCUUAGACAGGGCUGGGAAUGCAAAACAUGAUCAAAUGGAAUCUGCAAGGCAUAGGGUCAGCAAUGCAGUAGUUCAGGAACUGUUAUCAUCAUUGUCAGAGGAUUCUUGCUUGACACAAAAAGGCUUAGAUCCAGUCAACCUUAAAUUGCCUAGUCCAGCAGGGUCCACCAAAGCCAGUCCUGAGCUGGAACAUAGAGUGAACAUUUACAACAAGAAGAACCAAGAGAGCUUUGAUGUGCUCCAGAUUAAGCCAGUUAUUCACCUUCAGCAAACUGCCUCGGUGAUCAAUGAAAAGUACAAAUCUUUGGAAUCCAAAGAGCAAAAGAUGAAUAGGGUCCCAGAUUCAUAGUUCUCCACAGUGGUAGAAAAGGACGAGACAUUCUAGAGCUUUAAUGGCGCCCUCAGAACAAUCACUGGCUGGAUAUCUUGCUCCUUGCGUGGUUUGAAUGAAUUGAAUAUUCAUAAAAUGCAUGAGUUCUGAGAGCCAACAUGAAUCCAUGACACUUCUAGCUUCAGAGGUCCUCAGGCCAAUCCCUGGAUGAAGAGAAAACGUUCUAUAUUACAAAACAAUGACCUCAAAGAUGUACAUAUUCUUAAUCUUGGUUUUGUGAGGUUUUUUUAAAAAUACAACAACAAUUUUUAUGGAACUCUGAUCAGCCUUCUAUCAGGUCAAGCUUCAGCAGGGUAUGGUACAUGCAGAUGUAAACUUCUCCUUCUACGAUUUCUUACUGUCCCUUUGUACAUGACAAUAGCUGUAAACCCCUUUGUACAAAUUCUGCAAUUAUUUUUGUUCUUCCCAAAAUCUUUUUUCAAGGAGCACUUUGGGUGAUGCAGAUUAAAGGGAAAAAGUGUGAUCUGUUUUUAUUUUAGCAUGAGCUCUUUAAAAACAAUAUUUUGGAAAAGAAAAUAUCAUUUUCACUUCCAAGUCAACACGAGUGAAAAAUGGACAUUUUGCAAAUUCAAUUUUAAUUAAAAAAACCGAACAAAUAAAUGUUCAUUCAGUGUUUUUAUUCACAGAUUUGUAGGUAAGCUAGAUUCAUGAGAUAAUUACUGUGGCUUUAAAUCUUCCAUUUUGGAAAAUAUUUUAAUCUCAUUUACAUUUGACUCUGAGUUUAAUGAAGUAGUACAUUGAACUCACUUGAAUAUACAGUGACUAUUGAAAGUGGACACAAACUUUUUUUUAUCGUCACAAGAACUUUUAAGACAGUUCAGCUCCUUAAGACAAUUUGAAAGUUAAUGCUAAGGUUCUCCUCUAACCUAGUAGUAUCUAGCAGCAGGUGUAAUGCCUUUGGCCCAGAUCCUCAGCUGUGGCUGAGGAGUACACAGUACAACACAGGAGUUUAUGCCAAGGUAGAUAGGCCAGCUAUGUGCUCAGCUCAUGCCCAGGGAUAAGUUAGGAGAGCCAAAAGGCUGCUUGCUGUAACUUAACCAAUAUGGAGACCAGACCUCUUUUCCCCAGCUGCAUACCGCCUAAAGGCCACAGGGAGAGGGCUGGCAUAAGGACCAGUACACCAGUUGUAUGCCACUGGCAGAUCCCCCUGCAGUGGGGUCAUCCUCCCAUAGCCAGCUGUUAUUAUUUAUUAUUAUUUGCAUGCCAGAUUUAAGACUUAUUUGCACCAGUGGUAUGACCCAAAGCAACCACAGUACAGCUUAGAGCAUGAGGCAUUGAGGUUUUUUUUUUAUUUAUUUAUAGUUGAAUUGUUUACAAUUUACAGAACAGAUCCAGUGAAAAUCCAUGUGCUUUUCUGUCCCUUUUAGGUACAGCGCUG